AUGUCUUGCAUUCUAAAAGCUUGCAAAAAAUUGCGAGGGUGUAUCAAUCAAGUUGAAAUGAGGAAUCCAAGUGGUGCUUCUGAACAAGAUAUUAUGAACGAAGCGAAAGAGAUGUUAAAACUUGACGGAUCCUAUAAGAAGGGUUUUAAGUUUGAUCAUGUAUUGGGACAUCUUAAAGACUCCGAGAGUUUAUCAAAUGUCACUGCAUCAACUCAGUAUCAACGACAAAGUCCUUAUCAAUCACCUUCUUCCGGUCCUGGUUCAUCGUCUGGGACAGAUGCCGGUUUACCGUCGUUGACUAUUCACGACGCAGAAGAAAUCAGAUACGAUUGUUUUUCUGGAUACAUAGAAUGCUCUCUCAAUAAUUUUUCCUCUCUAUAUCGUUGCUUCAUGGAACGUAUUAUCGAUUCGAUGGAAUCGGAUUGA